CGUCCUAGAGAAAAGUUUCACCUUCUCAGAAGUUAUCAGUGUGACCAAGAAAUAAAAACUUAGUUUUUCUUUAGAUGUAUUAGGAUAAUUGUUCAUCCGAAAACUUCUUAAAAGAAAUCGACCUGAUAGUUUAAUGUUUGCUCAAACGAGGUUGAUUUUCUCUCUAAAUGCGAUCGUAAUUCCGAGACCUAAUAAUCAAAAACAAUGAAUUUGACUUGUGUUUGGAGGGGACUGCAACAGGAGAGUUUACUGAUAGCCUUGACUGUUCGGUAUAUGUCCACAGCCAAUAAAUUUAUUCCUCGAAUAACAAUUCCUCAGAAAAUGGUUUUGAACUUAAAUAAACAGAACAUAAGAAAUGACAGGACAAAAAGGAUUAGAAAACCCUUGAAGUUUAAAUCUCCUCUGGUGAUAUCGUGUCACCGAGAAAAGUUCAAUCACCACAAGGGUCAAACAUACAAUGAUUUCAAUCCUAAAACGUUAGCAUCUUAUGGCUGGAAGCAUCGCAAAUCAGUGGGAGACCAUUUUACUUUGAUGGACUGGAAUUCAAAUCCAGCAGUUGUUAAAAAACCAAAAUCAUUUGAAGAUCUGAAUUUAAUGAGUAGUCUAAGGGAUUACCUUUCUGAAGCAGGAUUAAGCACUCCAACAGACGUGCAGAUUCAAGCAAUUCCAGAAAUUUUACAAGGCAGCAAUGUCAUCUGUGCAGCUGAAACUGGAAGUGGUAAAACCCUGGCAUACUUGUUACCAAUUUUCCAGUUAAUUAAGCAGUAUAAUGAUGUAGUGACUAACUCCAAACAUAAGAAUUCUCCAAAGUCUAUAAUCAUAGUUCCAUCUCGAGAGCUUGCCAUCCAGAUUAUGUCUGUUAUAAAGGACCUGACAAAAAUUAUGCCUUUAGAGCCUCAGUUAAUUCUUGGAAAAGUUGGAUCAAUGGAAAAGUUGGUGUUGAAUAAUAAUAUGGACAUUCUAGUAACAACAUCUGGAGCUUUGAAAGCAAUGUUGGCAAAAAACAGGAUAAAGUUCCAUAACCUCAUGCAGCUGGUAUUAGAUGAAGCAGAUACAUUAUUGGAUGACAGCUUCCAGUCUGAUAUUGUCAGCAUCCUUAAUCACAUGAAAGCACACAUCAAAACCAUGUCACCUGCAGAUCUCAGUGCUGCUGCUUCUUCUUCUUCGUCUUCUUCUGAACAUGCAGCUAUUUCAGUGAGUGGCACUCAAAUAAUUCUUGCAGGUGCAACAUUACCAACAAGUUUGGAUGCAAAGAUUGGUAACAUUAUCCCACUAGACACCUUUACCAAAGUGACUACAGAAUAUUUGCAUCAUAUUCCACCUCACAUCAAGCAGAAAUUUGUCAGACUUUUACCUUCUGAAAAACCAGGUUUUGUAUUGAAGUUUGCCAAAAAGAAUAAGAUGUCUUCGGUGAUGUUAUUUUGCAAGGACAAUUCUAGCAGUUAUUGGUUAUACAAGUUCUUAGAGGAAAAUGGUGUAUCAGCUGCUCUGUUUAAUGGAAACGUCUUUGCUGAGGAAAGGAAAGAUAUUUAUGAGAAAUUUAUGAAUCAAGAAUUCCGUAUUCUAGUCUCUACAGACAUUGCUUCCAGAGGUUUGGAUACAACACAUGUGCAAACCGUUAUGAACUAUGAUUUCCCUCAUUUCGUCUCUGAUUACAUCCACCGUGUUGGGCGUGUUGGACGUCUUGGUUCAAAUGCAACCUCUGAAGUAAUUUCUUUAGUGGCACACAAGUAUGAAGUGGAAAUAGUAUGGUUGCUUGAAAUGGCAGCUCGGAAAAUGACCAAAGUCCAUAACGUCAAUGCAAAUAUCAAACGCAAACUUGUAGGGCGGCAUGUACAGACAGAGAGAAAAUAACUAAUUUGAAAACAUUUAAGGAUUUUGAGAAUGUGUAUGUGUGUGUGUGUGUGUGUAUGUAUAUAUAUAUAUAUUCGUGUGUAUGACAAUUUCUUGUCAAAGACGAUGUAUGAAAAAGCUGCUCAAAUAAUUUAUUUAUGGUGAUGAAAUAUGUGUGCUGUACAUUUGCUCACUCCUUCCAUCAAACCAAUGUUGCUUGAACAGGUGCACCAUACCUCACAUGUCAUUGGACUAAUUACAGAGCAAUGUGAAAGGAAGUGUUUUGCUCAAGAACACAACGCACUACCUGGUCCAAGAAUUGAAAUCACAAUUUAACGAUCGUGUGUGCAACACCCUAACCACUGGGCCAUGUGCCCUCACAUAUAUACCUUAGGACUCUCAUUGAUUUGGCAUAUGGGGGCUCAGCAAGCCAGCUACAUCAUGUUCUCAAAGUGUGAUGGUGUUGGUGUCUCAUUCUGCUGAACAGCCUGUGUGAUGAAUAUUAUUAUAGUGUGGGCAAAGUUUUUGCAGAGCCAGUUCCACUCUCAUCUUUCAAACUUGUACUGGUUUGGUGCAACAAAAGCCCAGUGGUUACCCGGAUGCAGGAUUAGUAUGGAAUUACCUUCUCAUAGAUGAGCAGUUAAAAACCUGAAAGGCCCUGGGUUUGUUAAAUGGCCUGUGAGUGACAUUCUUCCAAUGACAUGCUAAUUAACCCAUAGUGGAGGCCCUGGCAAGUGCUACUACUCCAAGUUAGAGUAAAAAUUAAGAGAUGGUUCCACACUUCUUGGAACCCUUAAGCCCCUCUACUUAAUGCAGUUUAAAGUAACACCAAGGACUCUGUGUUUGUGUAAUAUACACAUGCACACAAAAUAAAUUCUUUUUAAAACAAGCUUA